AAAAAUUCAGAGCGCAAGUCGGCUCUCAUACGCGUACCCGCGCAAAAAGGAAAGUAGAAAAAACAGACCACGCGCCGCUGUUGUUGCAUAAGUUGUACGCAGAAUCGGCGGGCGCGCUCAUUUCGAGUCCCUGCGUUCCAUCGUCUCCGAAACAAAACAGCUGAGAGAGAGAGAGAGAUCAGAAUCAUUGUCCGGUGUAGCCCAUGACUUCUAUGGAGGUUUCGCAAGCCCAGACUAUUGGGCUUAGAGAUCGAAGACCGGAGGCUCUCGGAGACCUGCGAGAUCUUCCCGACGAGCUCAUAUGUUUCAUCUUGGGUCAUCUCUCUUCUCGUGAUGUUGCUCGUCUUUCUUGCGUCAGCAGUGUAAUGUACAUACUUUGCAAUGAAGAACCACUUUGGAUGAGUCUAUGCGUUAACAAUGUAAAAGGUCAGCUUCAGUACAAAGGCUCCUGGAAGAAAACGGUGCUUCAGCAAGAUCAUUUGCUAAAUGAAUAUGAAGAUUCUGGAAGAAAACCAUUGCAAUUUGAUGGUUUCAACUCUUUAUUUCUUUACAGAAGAUUGUACCGAUGUCAUGUCUCCUUGGAUGGAUUCACUUUCGAUAAUGGAAAUGUUGAAAGAAAGAACAACCUCUCUUUUGAAGAGUUUAAUCACGAGUAUGACAGGAAAAAACCGGUUUUGCUUAGUGGAUUGGCUCAUACUUGGCCAGCAAGAAGUACAUGGACAACCGACCAGUUGUUGCUGAAAUAUGGAAAAACUGCAUUUAAGAUUUCACAAAAGAGUGCUCAGAAAAUAACCAUGAAAUUCAAGGAUUAUGUCUCGUACAUGGAGCUUCAGCAUGAUGAGGAUCCCCUCUAUAUUUUUGAUGAGAAGUUUGGGGAAGCAGAACCAGGCUUGUUGAAUGAUUACACUGUUCCUUAUCUAUUCCAAGAAGAUCUUUUUGAUGUCUUAGACAGGGAUGAGCGACCACCUUUUAGAUGGCUUAUUAUUGGCCCUGAGAGAUCUGGUGCCUCUUGGCAUGUUGAUCCUGCUCUUACCAGUGCCUGGAAUACUCUUCUGUGCGGGCGUAAAAGGUGGGCAUUAUAUCCCCCUGGAAGAGUACCUCUAGGUGUUACAGUUCAUGUAAAUGAAGAUGAUGGUGAUGUCAAUAUUGAGACUCCAUCAUCACUGCAGUGGUGGCUAGAUUUUUAUCCCCUUCUUUCCGACGAAGACAAGCCAAUUGAGUGCACCCAAUUACCGGGUGAGACAAUAUAUGUUCCUAGUGGGUGGUGGCAUUGUGUGCUAAAUCUGGAAACAACUAUAGCUGUUACCCAGAAUUAUGUGAAUUCUAAGAAUUUUGAAUUUGUAUGUCUGGAUAUGGCUCCUGGUUAUUGUCAUAAAGGAGUUUGCCGUGCUGGAUUGCUUGCACUCGACAAAGAUAGCAUUGAGAAGGCCAGGAAGAAUACUCACAAUCAUGAAAAUGAUCUGAGCUACCCUGAACUGACUAGGAAAGAAAAAAGACUCAGAAUUUCCAAAUGUGAGGAGGAUUCAAAUCGUGAAAAUGGUACUGGUGGUACCUUGAAAUGUCAUAAACUAUGGAAUCAAGAAUUUUCUUAUGACAUAAAUUUUUUAUCCAUGUUCCUGGAUAAAGAGAGAGACCACUAUAAUUCUACUUGGAGCUCUAGCAAUUGCAUAGGACAAAGGGAAAUGAGAGGGUGGUUAUGCAAGCUUUGGGCUGGAAAGCCACAUAUGAGAGAACUAAUAUGGAAGGGAGCAUGUCUUGCACUAAAUGCAAACAAAUGGCUAGAAUCUGCAGCAGAAAUUUGUGUGUUUCAUAAUUUGCCUUCGCCUGCGGAUGAUGAGAGGCUUCCUGUUGGCACUGGUAGCAAUCCUGUUUUUCUCACAGCUGACCAUGUAAUUAAAAUUUAUGUUGAAGGAGGGUUGGAAGCUUCACUGUAUGGUUUAGGAACUGAGCUUGAGUUUUAUAGCCUACUAAGCAAAGUCAACUCGCCCUUGAAAAAUCACAUUCCCAAUAUUUUGGCACAUGGGUUUGUCUUUCUUGAAAAUGGAUCUUACAAGAUUGUACCUUGGGAAGGCAAAGGAGUGCCUGAUGUGAUUGCUGAAUGCAAUUUUAUUCUCGAGAAAUGUAGAGAAGAUGGUUUCCCUUUUGGUGUGUGGAGCAAGAAACAGUAUGAAUAUAGAAGAGCUGUAUCAAUAUGUGAAUCUGAAAGUUCAGCCGGAUGCAAAAGGAUAUGGCCGUAUAUUAUAACAAAGCGAUGCAAUGGGAAGAUAUUUGCUCAGUUAAGGGAUACAAUUUCAUGUGAAGAUGUCCUAUCUUUGGCUUCUUUUUUGGGAGAGCAGCUGCGGAACCUUCAUCUCUUGCCAUGUCCAACUUUGACUGAUCUAAUAUCUUUUGAUCAGAAAUUGGAUUUUCCAUUUGCCAACAAUUGUAUGGAGGGUAUUACUGAUAAAGUUGGUAUUCCAGCAGAGUGGAAAAUUUUCAUCAGAACUCUGAACAGAAAGAAGAAGUUUGUCACCAGCCGUCUGGCUAAAUGGGGAGAUCCAAUUCCAAGCACUCUGAUAGAGAAGGUUCAUGAAUACCUUCCGGAUGAUUUUGUGAACUUGCUCAAUAUAUCUGAGGAUGGAAAUGGCCUACAUGAAGUAACCAGACCUUGUUCCUGGAUACACUCAGAUAUUAUGGAUGACAAUAUUAACUUGGAGCCAUGUUGGCUAAGUCCUGGCUCAAUUGGGACUGCCCCAGAAGCUGAACCGAUGAACAGUGGUUUUUUCAAUGGCCACAGCAGCAGAAAAGAGGGAAAUACAUGGCGUCCUAGCCACAUUCUUGAUUUCAGUGAUAUGUCCAUAGGGGACCCUCUCUUUGACUUGAUUCCAAUACAUCUAGAUGUCUUUAGAGGAGAUAUCCAUCUCCUUAGGCAGCUUCUAGAAAGUUAUAAACUUCCUCUUGUGAGAACAAUAUCACAGCAUACAUCCAUGGAGGGUGACAAUAAGUCUGGGCGACUCUCAUAUCAUGCAAUGUGCUACUGUAUCAUUCAUGAAGAAAAUAUUCUGGGGGCAAUUUUUAGUCUGUGGAAAGAAUUGAGGAUGGCAGAAUCAUGGGAACAAGUAGAGGAAACAGUGUGGGGAGAGUUGAAUAAUUACAGUGGCUAUUGUUGAUCUGCCCUUGCGCACUCUUUUAUUUAGAACCUCAUACUGCGCAAUUACCCAAAAGCCGGUUGCGUUGCAUGGAUCACGUCUUAUAUACCCUUACCAAAAUCACAGUAUCAUUCUUUGGGACAAAUUAAAGUUGCAAAUCUUAAAUAUGGUGUUAGUUCUAUUUAUCUCCUGCAAAAUUGUCCAACUAUUGUUAUUAUUAUCAUUAUGCUAUAUUAACGGAUGGCGAAAUUAGGGUGGCGGUGUUGGGGACAGCAUUCAGAUGCCAUUGCACAUUUGUACGUCUCUUUAUGUUUGUAUAAAUAUAUUGAUAUUUUUUUUUUAUAAUAGAGCACCAUUAUUGAUGUAA